AUGGCUAACGCUGUUCUGAGCCAGAGGGACGAGGUCGUCGCUGCCGUCGAGGGUCACAAUGUAGUAGCCUUUUCGGGACCGACCGAGUCUUACGCAUCCUCAUACAUCCCGUUUUUCCUUUACAAGGCGGGAUUUACGUCCAGCAGCACGUGUCGGAAGAAUCCUCCGCGAAUAUGCGUGGCGCAUUCCCGUCGCCGGGAAGUUAUGUCUUCCGCUGAAUCUUGCUCGGUGUUGAUCAACAAUCCUUCCAAAGUUGCAUGUCACCUGGGCUCGGCGGCGUCAUUGAAUUCGACGGCGGACAUAGUGUACGUCACCGAGGACUGCCUGCUGCGACGUUUGGUUGCAGAUCCCCUGCUGUCGGACUACGGCGUUGUGAUUUUGACUGGUCUGCAAGACCGUUUACUGUGCACAGAGAUCCUCUUAGCGCUAUUGAAGCGUAUAUUAUCAAGGCGUUCGCGUUUGCGCAUCGUGUUGUGUUUUGAGCGCGGCAAUGUGGAUGAGGUGCUAACCUUCUUCCGCCGUCGCGCAACGGACCGAGAUGCGGCAGCAGAAACAUCGGCUGCAGAUGGAGACGAAGUAUCAAAACCGCAUCCGGGAAACUUGCCCCAGCUGGGUGACGUUUGUCAUGUCCGGCUGAAGAGCGACCCUACCUCGUACAAGGUGCAGUAUCUAUCGGCGCCUUGCCCGAAUUAUUUGGACGCUGCAGUCUCUACAGGUGCGUUACAUAUAGCAUCCCGCUUACGAGUCGUUUCAGUGUGGAGCGUAUGCCGAAACGAACCAUCCGGUAACGUACUCGUCUUUGUGCCGUCCAGCGAGGAGCUGGAGCUGCUCCACACCAACCUUGUGGAGAGCGCGAAAUCGUUCCGGGAGCAAGGAGCGGGGAGCAUUAAUGUCGUGCCGUUAGGAGUCGGUGGAUCUGCAGAGCAGCAUAUUAAGCGAAACCCAUAUGCCUCUCGAAAUGUUUACAUCUGCUGUGACCUAAGGGAUUACCGGAGCAAAGUUGACAGCAUUCGCUACGUGGUCGAUUGCGCCUUCAGCCGUCGAAUGGUAUCCGACCACGUCAACACCGGUUCUGUGGCCUGUACGGUUCAUGCCACCCGCGACGAGAUGCGGCAGCGAUCAAACGUCAUACGGGGCCAUGGGAAAUGUUAUCGACUGCUAACAGAAGCCCACUUUCUGGACAACAGUUUGGUGAUGGAGUUCCCGAUAUCCGAGAUAAAAACGUCGGAUCUGACUACGAUGAUUCUGUUCAUCAAAUCAUUGGGUGUCUCCGAUUUUUCGGAUUUUGAGUUUGUGGUGCAGCCGCCCAUCGUUGCUAUCGAGCAUGCGCUUACCACUCUAUUUCUCCUGGGAGCCAUCGACGGCAACGGAGAUGUAGUGUAUCCGUGUGGCAAUGUGAUGGCCGAACUUCCAUACACUGCCAUGUUGUCUAACUUCCUCUAUCGCAGUACCGAGCUCGGGUGCUCCGUGGAGGCGCUAACGAUUUGCGCGAUGCUCGAGGUGCAGGACGUUGUGCUGAAGCGUGGAAAUGUCAAAUCGACAUACCAAACCGAGCGUUUACAGGCUGCCAUGCGCGGUUUCGCAGCCAGCGAGGGCGACCUAUUUUCCUACUUCAACGUGUACCAACUAGCCCACUACUACCGCGACGAAGAUACCAAGUGGCUCGCAAGGCAUGCACAUGGUGAGUGGCUCCGGUAUUCGUUCGGCGGAGAAGAUUCGAAGCCAGCUUGCGGCUCUUCUCAAGAAAUACCAGCUUCCGGAGGUGAGCACCUUUCCCUACCCCCGAUACGUCCGCAGGUCAGCUGCGGUGAGAAUUCGGCAGUUCUGCUCGAAGCCAUAUUCAAAAGUUUUUUUCUGAACGUGGCGUGCAAGGAGCAUUUGGUGAGGACGCUACUGACGUCUAGGCAACUAGAUGUGGAUCUAAAAGUGAAGUCCAAAGUGUUGGACGAUGAAGGGAACGCAAUUCUGACCAACGAGUUGCAGCCGUAUCUGCUGGUAGCAAGCCUCGAUACGAGCAAAACUCGGCGACUCUACAUCCACUCCGGCUCCUUUUUGGCGGAUGAGCAGCCUGAUUGGGUAGUGUUCAACGAGUCGUUGGACAUCGACGGUGAGUACUUCAUGAGGGACGUCACCGCGAUUCAACCCGAGUCGUUGUUCAAUGUAGUGGCGCGACUGCGGCCAUAUUCGCGCGUUGGCGACAUACAUCGGUGGUUCGCCAAGGCGUCAUCACGCCGUUUUAGCAGUCGGGUCGAUCCGCCCUCCCAAUCGCAUCCACCCAAGCCUACAGAGAGUCAAGAUGGUGGCGAAGAUAAGUUCAUGUAUCUCCAAACCAGGUUCUCGCGCGCCCCGGUAGUAAAUCCGCUCAAAGAGGCGGAUUCUAUAGGCACUGCACUGCUCGGAGUUUUUAUCGCAUUGUUCGGGAUCACGUUCGCAUGUGUGCCCCUUUACGAGUUCUUCUGCCAGCAAUCCGGCUACAUGGGCACUACCAGGAGGGUGAAGACGUACAAGCCUCCUCCAGACGACCGUGGCGGGCGCAUGUUUGAGAUCGACUUUGUGACACAUUCUCAUUUGAACUGGGAUUUCAAGCCGGCGCAGCGCAGCGUGGUAAUAGGAGCCGGUGAGACAACGCUUGCAUUCUACACCGUGAAGAAUCUAACCGACCAACCCGUGAUCGGCGUGGCCGCCUAUCACGUCAUCCCAGACGAGGCCGGUGGAUUUUUCAACAAGAUACAGUGCUUCUGUUUUGAGGAGCAGAUGCUGCAUCCAGGCGAGGAAGUUGACCUUCCGGUGCUCUUCUUUUUGGACCCGGACAUUUUGAAAGAUAAGCGUUUGUACGGAGUCGACAAGAUAACCCUGACAUACACUUUUUUCGAGGCCAAUUCAGAAAUUCCACCGGAGUACACUACGUUAUUGAAUCGGAAUAACGAUAAUGAAGAAGAAUAA